GCCUCGAACAUCUUAACUGAUUUUUUACGAUUUCCAUAAAUUUUAGUAUUUUUUAUAUUUUCCCCCGAAGAUUAUAACGAUGUAUAUUACAUAACCGGAACAACUUUGUUCGUGUGUAGUAUACUCGUUACAAUACAUUGAUGUUACAAUGAUAGCAGUCGUGUAGGACGUGUAUAGAAUGGCUGUGAACAUCGUAGUCCUGGCUAUCCUGGUCGCUGGGGGUUUUGCUGAUCCAGAUCCUGCCACUAGACCAGAGGCACCACCGCAGAUCACCGGCCCUGUUGGAGGACCAAAUGUUUGCAGAAGUAGGCAUAGAAACUACUGUUGUCCGGGAUGGUCAAUGAAACCUGCCACCGGCCUUUGUAUAAUACCUAUUUGUAUUCGUAAAUGUGGACGUGGAAGAUGUGUCAAACCCAAUCUCUGCAUGUGCGAGGAUGGCAACCUUCAGUCCACUUGCAACCACAAUCAACCCAAACAGAAUGGAGACAGAGAGAAAAGUAAAUCAUCCGGUAAUGGAGAAAGUUCCUAUCUGACUAAUCCCCACCCUGAUGCUCCACCUAAUGGACGGGGGUCCCCCACCAACAACGGGGGCUGUCGAGGGCCUUGUCACAACGGGGGCUCUUGCGUCGGCUCAAAGUGUGUUUGUGCUUCCGGUUACCAAGGAGAGUUCUGUACUGAACCUGUCUGCCGUGAGCCAUGUCUCAACGCAGGCCGCUGCAUAGGGCCGGACAGAUGUGCUUGUGUGUACGGGUUUACUGGGAGACGCUGUGAAGCAGACUAUCGUACAGGGCCAUGUUUCCAGCGGGUGGUGAACGACAUGUGUCAAGGUCAGUUGGCCGGGGUCGUCUGCACCAAACAGCUGUGUUGCGCCACUGUUGGCCGAGCGUGGGGCCAUCCUUGUGAGAAAUGUCCAGCAACCCUCCCUUGCGACGAAGGCUACCUCAAGAACAUCCACAGUGGCCAGUGUGUCGACAUUGACGAGUGUGAGGCUAUCCCGGGCCUGUGCCUGGGUGGCAAGUGCAUCAAUACAGUUGGAUCGUUUGAGUGCGAGUGCGGCGCAGGACACCGGCGCGACCUCGACAACAACGAGUGUCGAGACCUAGACGAGUGCACUACUUCCCCCUCCACUUGCCAGGACGGCCGCUGUGUCAACACAGAGGGCAGCUUCUACUGUGUGUGCAACCCGGGCUUCAUACCAACACAGGACCGAAAAAACUGCAUAGAUGCACGCCAAGGUAACUGCUUCUUGAGUGUGACACCGAGCGGAGUUUGUCACAACGAGCUGCAGAUGCGACUCUCACGCAGGGACUGCUGUUGUGGUAUGAACAUGGGUAAAGCCUGGGGCGACGACUGUCAACUGUGUCCUGAGCAUGAUGAAGAGGGGUACAGAAAGCUGUGUGGAGGAGGUGUGAACGGUGGUGGUCCCCCGAUGGCUAUAGAUGAGUGUGCCUUGCGUCCCACUAUCUGUGGCGGGGGUGACUGUAUAGACACACCAGACGGUUACAUCUGCCAGUGCCAUCCAGGCUUUAUUGCGAAGGGCCAGUCGCAAGUGUGUGAAGAUAUAGAUGAGUGCAGACAAGGGUUCUGUCAAGGAGGUCAAUGUACCAACACUCCGGGCAGCUUCACCUGCCACUGUCCUGUAGGGUUCGAUGUCUCCUCCGAUGGCAGAUUGUGUAUUGACCAUGACGAGUGCAGUCAGACUGGCAUGUGCUACAAUGGCUUGUGUAUCAACAUGGACGGAUCAUUCAAGUGCAAGUGCAAGGAAGGGUUUAUACUUUCUCCCACAGGCCAUUCAUGUAUUGAUGUGGACGAGUGCUAUGAGAACCCCCGGAUCUGCCUGAACGGUCGGUGUGAGAACACGCCUGGCUCGUACCGGUGUGUGUGCACCGCUGGGUUCACAGUGUCGGCUGACGGUUCAUUCUGCGUGGACACCAACGAGUGCAGUGUGGGCGGCGCAUGCGCUGGAGGCAAGUGUGUCAACAUGGACGGAUCAUUCCGCUGCGUUUGUGACUCUGGUUACAAACUGACGCCGGACCGGCGCUAUUGUGUUGACAUAGACGAGUGCCAGAGUUCGCCGUGCCAGAACGGAAGAUGUAUCAACACUGAAGGCAACUUCCGAUGUGAAUGUUUGCCAGGCUUCACUCUAGGACCAGAUGGCAGAUCUUGUGUGGACAGUAGACGAGACCUGUGCUAUGCAAGAUACAAGGACGGCCAAUGUUCCAAUCCAUCUACAGCGCCAGUGACCAAGUCCAGCUGUUGUUGCUGUAGUAUGUUCCCUGAUCAACCCAUGGGAUGGGGCACACCCUGCCAGCCGUGUCCUCCGCUACACAGCCCGGAGUUCAACCAACUGUGUCCUCAUGGGCCCGGCAUGACCUACAGUGGAGAUGACAUCAACGAGUGUGCUCAAAACCCCAAUGUCUGUGUGAACGGAGCUUGUGAGAACUUAAUGGGGACCCACCGCUGUAUAUGCAACCCUGGCUAUGAGGUAGAUCCAUCUGGUAAACAUUGUCUGGAUAUCAACGAGUGUGAAGAUGAACUUAUCUGCAGCGGAGGACAAUGUCGCAACACCCCAGGCAGCUAUCAGUGUAUAUGUCCCACAGGGACCCAACUGAGUGUGGCCAAGCACGUGUGUGAGGACGUUGACGAGUGUCGACAGUUGGGUCCGGAGGCGUGCUUCAACGGAGAGUGUGUCAACACGAUCGGCUCCUACGAGUGUGAGUGUCCGCCUGGCAGUGUGCUGGAUAACACAGGUCGCAUCUGCAUUGAUGCGAGACGAGGCACAUGCUGGUCUAGACUAGUGGCAGGGAGGUGUGAGAACAAUCUACCUCGCCUUACAUUGCGCUCAGAGUGCUGCUGCAGCAUAGGCCUAGCAUGGGGCAGCCCUUGCGAACUGUGUAACCUGCACCACUGUGACUGUAGCAAGGGAUUCGCUAAGGUGGAUGGCAAGAUAUGUACAGACAUCAACGAGUGUGAGCUGAAUGCAGGACUGUGCAGAGGAGGAGGGACUUGUGUCAACACUGAGGGAUCUUUCACCUGCGUCUGUCCUCCUGGCCUCACCCUCGACUCUACAGGUACCAUGUGUCUAGAUGUGAGACAGGAGAGUUGUUUCACAGAGUACAGACACGGCGGGGGUGUGACAGUGCUAGAAGGUGUCUACCCCCGCAGUCUGUGUUGCUGCUCUACUGUGGGGAAGGCGUGGGGUGGACCAUCCGAUGGAACCAAGUGUGAGCAAUGCCCCCGUCAAGGAACUGACAAUCACCAGGAAUUGUGUCCAAAGGGUUAUGGGUUUGUUGAUCGCAAAGACAUCAAUGAGUGCACAGAGUUCCCCGGAAUGUGUACUAAUGGACGAUGUAAGAACACAAUUGGAGGCUUCAACUGUCGCUGUAACCAAGGGUACGCGCUGGACGAGAAUGGCAUCAAGUGUAUCGACAUAGACGAGUGCAGCAUCAUGCACGGUGUGUGUGGAGACGGUGUUUGUCGCAACACCCCAGGCAACUUUGAGUGUGACUGCAAGGAAGGAUACGAGAGCUCUUCCAUGAUGAGAGUCUGCAUGGAUAUCAAUGAGUGUGAGAGGACGCCUGGCCUGUGUCGAGGAGGAACAUGUCAGAACACACCUGGCAGCUACAAGUGUCUCUGUCCGCCGGGACAUGAACUCGCACCAGACAAACAAUCUUGUAAAGACAUUGACGAGUGUUCCCGCACAUCAGGAAUCUGCAGCAAUGGAGUAUGUGAGAACAUGAUGGGCACCUACCAGUGUGUGUGUGAUGAUGGAUAUCAGCAAACUGACAUGAAGUCUCAUUGUGAAGACAUUGACGAGUGUGCCAGUGGCAACGGAGGAUGUCAGAGCUUGUGUCUCAACUCAGCCGGCAGCUACUCUUGUGCAUGUAGUGAUGGAUACCGCCUCACUCCUGAUGGGCGGGGCUGUGUGGACGUGGACGAGUGUAAGGUGAACCCCCGCGUGUGUCUGGGGGGUCAGUGUACCAACACGAUGGGCAGUUACAACUGUCACUGUACAGACGGAUUGCUGCCGGGACCUGACGGAUCGUCAUGUGUAGAUGUGAACGAGUGUGAGAGCGGCAAAGACGUGUGCGGUAAUGGUGAGUGUGACAACACAAUCGGUUCGUUCUUGUGCCGCUGUGAGGACGGCUACAGUGUCAAGCCCGGUCGAGGACCGCAGUGUUCGGACGAUGAUGAGUGUGCACUGGACACACACCAGUGUGACAUCAAUGCUCACUGCAUCAAUAACCCAGGUUCUUACAGCUGUAGAUGUCCGGACGGGUUCACUGGUAAUGGACAGACAUGCAGAGACAUCAACGAAUGCCUCACCAACAACGGAGGGUGCGAUCAGAACGCUCAGUGUAUCAACGCCGAUGGAUCUUUCAAGUGUGUUUGUGACUCCGGGUUCCGAGGAGACGGAUAUUCCUGUCAGGACGUAGACGAGUGCACUGACAAUCCUACGUUGUGUGAGAACGGUCACUGCCUCAACUAUCCGGGCAGCUUCCGCUGUGAAUGUGAGAUGGGCUUUAUGCACCCUGACGACAAGAGGGAGACAGCUUGUGUCGAUAUCAACGAAUGCAUGAUGUUUAACAACCUUUGUGUGUUCGGGCGGUGUGAGAACAUUUUUGGAAUGUUUCGUUGUGAGUGCAACGAAGGCUACCAACUUGACAACUCUGGUGGUAACUGCACUGACGUGAAUGAGUGUGAUAGUCCACAAGCCUGUUUGUAUGGAACUUGUAUCAACACUCAAGGCAGCUUCAUCUGCCAGUGUCCACCCAACUACCAACUGGUGCCAGCCGGUAAUGCGUGCGUAGACAAGCGAGAAUCCCGCUGCUAUCUAGAGGUGGAGGAAUGGCGGGGUCGGACCCGCUGCAGCCAGGAAAUGGGAGCCCCCGUCACCAAGGCUACGUGUUGCUGCAGUGUAGGGCGGGGCUGGGGUCCUACCUGUGAGGCGUGUCCCCCCACAGACUCUGAGGAGUACAAGGCUCUGUGUCCCGGCGGCACUGGCUACAGACCUAACAUCCUUACUGUUGUAUUAGAGGACAUCAAUGAGUGUGAGGAACACGAAGGGAUCUGCAAGAAUGGCCACUGUACAAACACCUUUGGCAGCUUCAUGUGUUCUUGUCACACAGGCUUCAGACUGGACGACACCCAUGUCAACUGUGUAGAUAUCAAUGAGUGUCAAGAGAAGCCUGAGAUAUGUGGUGUUGGAUUCUGUAUCAAUGAUGAUGGAAGCUACCACUGUGUAUGUCCUGAUGGUUACAUGCUUCUACCCAAUGGCAAGGAGUGUGUGGACAUGAGGAAGGAGCUGUGUUAUCUGUCGUACGAGGGCGGCCGCUGUACACAGCCGAUGACCAAUGAGCAGACUCGGAUGUUGUGCUGCUGUAGUAUGGGACAAGCCUGGGGCGAUCCCUGCCAGCCCUGCCCAGCCGACAAGUCAAAGGACUAUCUGGUGCUAUGCGGCACACAGCCAGGUCAGAUCAUGGACCCGAUGACCAACGCCAGUGUAGAGAUAGACGAGUGUACACUGAUGCCGACCAUGUGCAAUCACGGCUCUUGUCUCAACACUCCCGGCAGCUUUGAGUGUCAGUGUAACCGUGGGUUUGUCUAUGAUGUGGAGAGUCAUCAGUGUAUAGAUGACAACGAGUGUCUACGUAUUCCCAGCCCAUGCAGAGGCAAUGCCCAAUGUAUCAACUCCCCGGGCAGUUACGAGUGCCAGUGUCCCCUGGGAUACAAACUGGGCAUGAGUAUGCGUGACUGUGUAGACGUGGAUGAGUGUGUGGAAGGAGCCAACAUCUGUGAGCACGGAGACUGCAACAAUGUGCAAGGUAGUUUCCAGUGCAUGUGUCACAACGGGUACGCGCUGACGGCAACACGCGAGACGUGUGCGGAUGUAGACGAAUGUGCGCGACAUCCCAACAUAUGCAACAAUGGCACCUGCAUCAACGCUGUCGGCAGCUUCAAGUGUCACUGCUUCCCUGGGUUCAAACUGAGCCAUAACAACGACUGCAUAGAUGUGGAUGAGUGUCACAUAAUGCCGUACCUCUGUCGUAAUGGGAGAUGCCGCAAUGUGAUUGGGUCAUUCCGUUGUGAGUGUGCGGACGGCUACACUCUCUCACCGGACCAACAGCAAUGUCAGGACGUCGACGAGUGCCAUGAGACAGGUGGGAUGUGCGGGUCGCCAGGUCGGUGUCAGAACCUGAUGGGAUCUUUCCAGUGUUCCUGUCCCUCAGGCUACAGGCUGAGUCCGGACAAGACCAAGUGUCAAGACAUCAACGAGUGCCAGGACAGUGCAGGUAUAUGUGAGGGUGGAGCCUGCAUCAACACAGAGGGAGGUUUCAUCUGUGAGUGUCCUGACGGAUUCAUCCUCAGCCAGAACGGCAUGAAAUGUAUCGACGUGAGGCAGGACAUGUGCUUCGAUGACUUGCAUGCAGGUAAAUGCUCGCUGGCCAGACGAGAGCCAAUGACUGUGAAGGAAUGCUGCUGUUCUAUGGGAGCUGCCUGGGGCCGCUAUUGUGAACAAUGUCCCAAGCAAGGCACUGAGGAUUUCUGGAAGCUGUGUCCGCAGGGCUCAGGCAGGAUGGAUACAGGUGAAGACCUCAACGAGUGCCAGCUGAUGCCCCACGCCUGUGAUGGUGGUGACUGUAUCAACACUGAUGGUUCGUACCGCUGCGAGUGUCCGGCCGGCUACACACUCGACGGCACUGGCAAACGUUGCAUCGACGAGGAUGAAUGCAUGAGCGGAGCAGGGGUGUGUGGCAAUGGGACUUGUACCAACCUCCUCGGAGGUUUUGAAUGUUCUUGUUCUGAUGGGUUUGCUCCUGGGCCAAUGCAGACUUGUGAAGACAUUAACGAGUGUCUAGAGACGAACAACCAAUGUGCCUUCCGCUGCCACAACGUGCCUGGCUCGUACCGCUGUAUCUGCCCUUACGGCUACUCACUGGCUCCUGACGGCAGACAUUGUGUCGAUGUCGACGAGUGUGUGACACCAGCCAACAACUGCAAGUACAACUGUAAGAACCUGAUUGGUUCGUUCCUCUGCAACUGCCCGGACGGCUACACACAGGUUGGCAACACUGACGACUGUCGAGACAUCAACGAGUGUGUUACGUUGCCUAAUGUGUGCCUUAAUGGUCGCUGUGUCAAUAUGCAAGGCAGCUACCGAUGUGACUGCUUUGAAGGCUUCAAACUGAGCUAUGAUUACAAACAGUGCAUAGAUGAGCGGCAAGGCUACUGUUUCCGCAAGCUUAUGAACGGCCGAUGUAGUCAGGUGACACACAGUGAGGGACUGAUGUCAGUGACGAAGGCUGACUGCUGCUGCACCAUGGGAGCUGCGUGGGGACCACUGUGUGAACUGUGUCCUAGCCCGGGGUCUGAGGAGUACCAACAACUGUGUCUGGACACCGGCUACUCCAUUGACGGCAGCGACAUUGACGAGUGCCAGACAAUCCCAGACUUGUGUCGCAAUGGCCGCUGCAUCAAUACUCUCGGCUCGUACCGCUGUUUAUGUAACAAGGGGUACAAGCCGGACCACACUGGCAAGCACUGUAGAGAUGUUAACGAGUGUGAUCAGAAGCCUUCCCCGUGUCAGUUCGCUUGUCAGAACACUGAGGGCAGCUUCACAUGUUCAUGUGCUGCAGGAUACACUUUGCACUCUGAUGGUGUGAGCUGUGUGGACUUGGACGAGUGUGCCACAAGACAGCAUGUGUGCCAACAUCAAUGUGUUAACACUCAGGGCAGUUACCAGUGUGCUUGUCCUUCAGGGUACAACCAGGUCGGCGACCAUUGUCUGGACAUAGAUGAAUGUGAGACAGACGCCAUGUGUCCUCUGCCUGGCAAGUGUGUCAACACUCUAGGCAGCUUCCGAUGUUUGUGUCCCCGGGGCUUCAAGCUGGACAAGACAGGAUCUUACUGCCAAGACGCAGACGAGUGCACUGAUGAUUCCAAGUGUGAACAUGGCUGUCAGAACUUCAUGGGCACCUACAGAUGCGGUUGUCCGGAUGGUUUCCUGCAACAUGUGUACUACAACCAGUGUGUGGAUGACAACGAGUGCUCACAGAAUCCUUGUGGGGAUCAGAAGUGCUUCAACACUAUUGGCUCGUACCGGUGUGGCUGUCCAGACGGCUUCCAGUUUGACCAGGCAAUGCUUGUCUGCAUCCAGGUUGCGUCCAGUUGUCUUGGCAGCCCUUGCGCUUUCGGUUGCUCUCCAGGACCCAGUGGUAAUGGUUUCCAGUGUGGCUGUCCCUCUGGCUACGAACGAAUCGGACAGGGACAUUGUCUGUCUACCAUCAACCCGGCAGGACUUGGCUAUGGUGGAGGCUAUGGUGGAAGUUACGGGGGAGGUUAUGGGAGCUAUGGUGGGGCCCCCAACUUGGGUAGCAACAUCCCCACAUACCCCAUAGACAAGGACCCGUAUGCUGUUCCCCAUGACAGACUCAUAUCUACCGAGGGCUGCUUCUCAUGCAAGGUGAAUGGACGCCAUCGCAGAACAAUAACAGACACAAAGCACAACUCCACAGACCCAUCUUACAACCCGAAAAAACUGAGAGAACUGUGGCGGAACAGGGUGAGCAGACAUCGUAGACAUCACCACGGAGACAGACCUCGUACUGAGCAGCCUCACAGACUGGUGCGGCUCAGUCUCGCUCAGACCAAACACCGGACCAGAGUCAUCAAACUGCAGCCAGCCAUCAAGAACGAUUUUGAAUACAGCAUAACCAAAGGAAACGAGGGGGGCCAGUUUGAGAUGGUGCAGAAACACGGGAUUUGGGCGUUACAUUUCCGAAAGAGGUUGAAACAUCCGGGAACGUUCCCGUUGGAAAUCACAGGCCGACGGACAAACAGGGAGAGUUCUAAGGACGGCUGGGAGGCCCCGUUAGUUCUGCAUGCUACAAUCAUUGUGUCAUGAGGCCCUGCUUGUUAACACCACUGUGUUCAUCUGUACAUUACCAGUUGUGUUCAUCAACCGAGAACACGGUUGCUACUCGCGCCUCGCUUGAGUGGCAACUUUAUCUAGGUAUCGUAUUUGUCUUCUUAGUGUGGACUUAUUUUCUUUCCCGAAUUUGAACUAAAUGGUAGUGUAGGAUUUUAAAUUGUUAUAUAUUUUGUGAGCUAAGCAAAAAUAGUGUUUGACUUCUUGUUGGUGUGCACCAAGCAUCUUGAUUAUUUUGUGAAUUUAAUCAAAUAUUUCAUUUCCUAUUAAUAGCAACCAAACAAGUUUCUUCCUGGUGAUACUUGUAAACCAUGUGAUUUUCCUGUAACUCUAAAGUUAUUUAUUUUAAUUUGAGACAUAAAUUAAUUUGUUAUGACACCAUCCAGUUUGAUAGUAGAAAUUUGUGUUUUUAUCAAUAUCCAAAGACUUUUUCAAAAGUAAACCGCUCAAAAAUUGGUAUUACAGGAGUUUUAAUAUUUGCUUCUAUUCAGCAUUGUGCUCAUAAGAAAUUUGGUAUCACAGUGCAUCUACUGUACUCUUACUACUUCCAAAAUUUAAGUCAACAUUUUCAUGCAGCCUGAUAAAACAACUACUUUUAGCCUAAAAUUGCAAAUUGCUGUAAUCAAUUACAUAAAUAUUUGUUUAAUACCUGACUCUGUCAAUAGUAUUGUUCAAUGUAUUUUCUUUAUAAAAAAGUUUGGUCUAAGAUAUUUUAUGUAAGAAGUAAACAAAUAAAUUAACACCGUUUUUAAUUCUUGAGAAAUGUUUAAAAAUACCUAUAUUCUACAAUUUUUAUUUAUAAUGGUUUGAAUGUAUAAACCAAAAUCACUCAUAAAAUGAUAUUUUUGUAAAUAAUAAUGUUUUAUACCUAAUUAUAAGUAUAGCACCUAUAAUCUAUUAUUUUAAAGGGCUAUCAAUCCUUAAUGCUGUAUGUUAACUCUUGCUACUUAAA